UACAUAUCCAUAAUUACACCAUUUUCUCUCUCCUCAUAACGCAUCGUCCUAGCUUUAUGUGUGUUUAACAGUAGUACUACACUGCCUUCUCUGCGUGCUGUGUGCUGUUGCCAAACAUUUAACACCCCCACCCUCUCUCCCUCUCUCCCUCUCCUCUUGCUUGCUUCUGCUGCUCUGCCUUCCAUAUCACGCCAAACGCCUGCUUCUUUUCUCUCUCUCUCUUAACACAUAUUCCUCCAAACAUUUAACACCCCCCCCUCUCUCUCUUCUCUUGCUUCCCUAAUUGCUUCUGCUGCUCAGCCUUCCAUAUCACGCCAAACGCCUGCUUCCUCUCUCUCUCUCAUAACACAUAUUCCUACAUUCACUGCCACCAAUAUCACGAUUCAGCUAUGAAGAGAGAUGAAUGACAAGACCAACUAAAGUGGAAUUCUCCUCCAAGACUCCUUUUUUGAGCUCCUCUCUCUCGGGGUUUUGAACAAAGGAAGAUGAAAAUGGAAGAGGGUUUUCCCCUCCUUUUUGCAGCUCUCGUCCUCUUACUACUACUGUUUCCUCUCGCUUCUUCAUCUCUCACCGAUGAAGGCAAAGCUUUGAUGGCGAUCAAAUCUUCCUUCAGCAACGUGGCUAAUGUGCUGCUGGACUGGGAUGAAGUGCACAAUGAUGAUUUCUGCUCAUGGAGAGGUGUAUCUUGUGGGAAUCUCACCAUGUCUGUUGUUACUCUGAAUCUGUCAAAUCUAAACCUGGGUGGGGAAAUCUCACCUGCCAUUGGAGAUUUGAGGAAUCUUAUGUCUAUAGAUCUUCAAGGAAACAAAUUAACAGGUCAAAUCCCAGAUGAGAUUGGAAAUUGUGUCUUGCUUGAACUUAUUGAUGUGUCUGAAAACUUGCUGGAAGGAGACAUUCCCUUCUCGAUCUCUAAGCUUAAGCAGCUUGAGCUAUUGAACUUGAAGAACAACCAGCUUACUGGUCCAAUUCCUUCAACACUAACACAAAUUCCUAAUCUGAAAACUCUCGAUCUUGCUCAAAACCAGCUUACAGGCGAGAUACCAAGGCUAAUUUACUGGAAUGAAGUGCUGCAAUAUCUUGGUUUGCGAGGAAACAUGCUGACAGGAACAUUGUCCCCCGACAUGUGCCAACUGACUGGCCUUUGGUAUUUCGAUGUUAGGGGCAAUAAUCUCACAGGGACUAUACCCGACAAUGUUGGUAACUGCACAAGCUUUGAGAUUCUGGAUAUAUCUUACAAUCAGAUCACUGGAGAUAUUCCAUACAAUAUCGGCUUUCUACAAGUGGCUACACUGUCUUUACAGGGAAACAUGCUGACAGGAACGAUCCCUGAGGUCAUAGGCCUGAUGCAGGCUCUUGCUGUCUUGGAUUUAAGCGAAAAUGAAUUAGUUGGACCAAUUCCACCAAUUCUUGGCAACCUCUCUUACACAGGAAAACUGUAUCUUCAUGGCAACAAACUUACUGGUCCAAUACCUCCUGAGCUGGGAAAUAUGACAAAGCUUAGUUAUUUGCAAUUGAACGAUAACCAGCUGAUCGGAGGUAUUCCACCCGAGCUUGGGAAACUGGAACAGCUUUUUGAACUAAAUCUGGCCAACAACAACCUUGAAGGUCCCAUUCCAGAAAAUAUAAGCUCUUGCACGGCAUUGAAUCAGUUCAAUGUGCAUGGAAACCAAUUAAAUGGAUCCAUUCCCUCGGGCUUGAAGCAUUUAGAGAGCCUCACAUACCUGAAUCUGUCUUCCAACGAAUUCAGAGGCAGCAUUCCAGUUGAGCUGGGGCACAUAAUCAAUCUCGAUACAUUGGAUCUUUCAAGCAACAACUUCUCAGGAACUAUUCCUGCCUCCGUUGGUGACCUCGAGCAUCUCCUUACUCUGAAUUUAAGUUAUAAUCAUCUAACCGGACCCAUUCCUGCAGAGUUUAGCCAUCUGAGAAGCAUUCAGACCAUGGAUAUGUCAUUCAACACGUUGUCGGGUAGCAUCCCCGAAGAGUUGGGCCAGCUGCAGAACUUAGCCUCUCUAAUAUUGAACAACAACCAUCUCAGUGGAAAGAUCCCAGAACAACUAAGUAACUGCUUGAGCCUCGAUAAGCUGAAUAUUUCUUACAACAACAUUAGUGGGAUUGUUCCUGCUGGCAGAAACUUUUCUCGUUUUUCACCCGACAGCUUCAUUGGGAACGCCUUACUCUGCGGUCACUGGUUGGGCUCGAUAUGCGAUCCUUACCCCUCUAAAGCUAAAGCUGUAUUUUCACGAACAACGGUUGUAUGUAUCGUGCUGGGGUUCAUCGCGUUGUUAUCCAUGGUGCUAGUAGCUAUAUACAAGUCCAACCAACCUAGGCAGUUCAUAAAGGGCUCCAAGAACUCACUGCAAGGUUCAUCGAAGCUUGUUGUCCUUCACAUGGACAUGGCGAUACACACAUAUGAGGAUAUAAUGAGGCUCACAGAGAAUUUGAAUGAGAGAUACAUUAUAGGAUAUGGAGCUUCCAGCAUAGUAUACAAAUGUGUGUUGAAGAAUUCCCGACCUAUUGCAAUUAAGCGACUCUACACGCAGUUUCCUCAUGAUUCUCGUGAGUUCGAGACUGAGUUAGAAACAGUUGGAAGGAUAAGGCACAGGAACCUUGUUACCUUGCACGGUUACUCCCUCUCCCCCCAAGGAAACCUCCUCUUCUACGACUACAUGGACAAUGGCUCUCUCUGGGAUCUUCUUCAUGGUCAUUCCAAGGUGAAACUGGACUGGGAGACGCGUCUGAGGAUUGCUGUUGGAGCUGCACAUGGACUUGCUUACCUCCACCAUGACUGUAACCCGAAGAUCAUCCACAGGGACGUCAAGUCUUCCAACAUCCUACUCGAUGACAACUUUGAAGCUCAUCUUUCCGAUUUUGGAAUUGCAAAAUGCCUCCCCACGGCCAAAACUCAUGCUUCGACCUAUGUUCUUGGGACAAUAGGCUACAUUGACCCCGAGUAUGCCAUGACGUCUAGGCUGACCGAGAAGUCGGAUGUCUAUAGCUUUGGCAUCGUGCUUUUGGAGCUCCUCACCGGGAAGAAGGCUGUAGACAACGACUCCAAUUUACAUCAGCUGGUUCUCUCCAAAGCAGACGACAACACGCUGAUGGAGGCUGUGGACCCUGAGGUGUCAGUCACGUGCAUGGACUCUUCCCACGUGAGGAAAGCCUUCCAACUGGCGCUGCUAUGCACAAAGCGCCACCCAUCCGAGAGGCCAACCAUGCACGAGGUGGCUAGAGUCCUCGUCUCGCUGCUCCCGCUGCCUCCUCCCAAGAAGCCUUGUGCUGCUGCCACGCCUCCUAAAAGCAUCGACUAUGCCAAGUUUGUGGUAGGCAAGCCGCACACGCCCCAGCAGCAGAAAGAGGUCUCAAACUCCUCGGACGCUCAGUGGUUUGUGAGGUUCGGAGAGGUGAUCUCGAAAAACACUUUGUAGGCUUUUGGCUGGUGGUUUUGUGAGUAUAUGAUUAGAUGCAACAAAUUAAAAUGGAGUUGAAGAAAGGAUUCCCAGUUUUGUUCCCUCAGUUUGAUGGAUUAGAAGGGAAGGAAGUGGUGUAUGUUUUAACAAUAGUAGAUCAAAUAUUUGUUACUUUGUUGCUCCUAAAAUAUAUGUACUAUUGUUUUAGUUUUAUGUUUGGACUGUUUUGAUAUGAAAAUCUUAAUGAUGUAGGCAGGCAUGCAGUUUGUCGAUAUUUGUAUUGCUGCCACUAAUUAAUGCUAAUCAUAUGAAUUUCGGCUCUUA